AUGGAUAUAUACCUGGUGUCCAAUGGGGACGUAGAAAUUUCAAACUUGGAAAUAACCCAAAGGCUCGUGUCCAAGUUCUACCACUUUAUUUUCUGGGUGCUAAUUUUCGAAGCUUACAUCCUGGUUCCGUUCUCCUACUUCUACGUGAAUAAUAAGCGCUACUACCGAAACGAAUUCGAUGACAACAUAGUGCCAUGCGAAAAUGUGAUUGAGUCUUUCAAAAAAACGAUAUACUUUAUAUGUCUUAUAGUGGCUCUGUCCAUAAUUGGCCUAGUUUACAGACCGGGCCACAAACUCGCAAUGGAAAAGGGAAAAGAACUGGAGUACAUUUCGGACCUCCUGGAUAUGAAACACACGGGGGAGUCUGCCAUCUUAUUUCUGAUGGGGUGCGUUGUCCUGAUUGGUGUUUCCUUUUGGGUCACAUACACGAGCUACGGCAUCGCCUGUCUGCCCCUAUCAUUUCUGCAACAGAAAAAUAUCGAGCAUGAUAGGAAGGAGAUAGAGGCUCGCUUUGCAAAUUUGAAGGAGAAGGAAAUGGUGAUAAAGCAUAAAUACAGAGCGCCCAGCGAAAUACGUGGGAGCGACAAGUAUGAAAUUCUUAGGAUAGAGAAAAUGCAGAGGGCCCUGAGUAGAUACAACUACAAACUGCAAGAGAUUGAGAAGACGUCCGAGUCGUGGCUAUCUUAUGUCAUAGGGAUAGUGCUCACAUGCAGGGUUAUAACCGGGCUGGUAUUUCUAACCUUCUCAUUUGUGAUUUAUAUAUCAUUGUUAGCCUCCAUAACGGAUAAGUAUUUCAACUCCGUCUGUGCCUACAAGUGUGGUUUUGUGUUGGAGAAAAUAAGCAGCAUUUUUAAUUUGCUCGACGCUUCUCUGAUUCUGUUUUCUCGGGUUAGCUCCAUAUUAGGGUGGAACCACCAUAUAGAGCGACCAUUUAGAAGGACCAUUCGUCGUGCUCGUUCCUGUGACCCUGAGCGAAGAGACACGGAGAAGUAG